UUGGUUUUGUGUGUGUAAACAGCAGAGCGAAUCUAUUAAUUUUCUAUUAAAAAUUCUUGAAGCUGUUACCUUAUACUUCUCAAUGAAAUGUAUUAGGUCAUUUUGUUUGAAAUGAACGUCUAUCGGCAUGACAGAAUCAGAAACUCAUACGAAUUUAUCAUGGAGGAGAUUGCAUCUAAGUCGAGCAAAACUGAAAGCUUCUAGCAGAACGUCUGCACUUCUUUCCGGUUUUGCUAUGGUUGCAAUGGUUGAAAUUCAGCUCAGCAAGGAUAUUCCUGAAGGGUUGUUAAUCACUUUCUGUAUAUGUACUACGCUUCUGGUAGCUGUGCAUAUGCUUGCUCUUUUAAUAUCAACUUGCAUUCUUCCUCACAUCGAAGCUGUUACUAGUACUCCCUGCUCUAUAUCAGAAUCACCGCAUGAAAAGCUGCACUAUUAUAUUGAAACCGCAUGGGCAUUCUCAACUGUGUUUGGAAUACUCCUGUUUCUUUUUGAGAUAGCUAUUUUAUGUUGGGUUAAAUUCUUUGAAUACAGUUUCACAGCUGCCUGGGCCACAACUAUUGUUUUAUUUCCUGUUGUAAUUUUGUUAUUAAUAUUUGCUGUUCAUUUCUAUAGAAAACUAGUAGCUCAUAAAUUUGAGCUUUCGAAGCAUGGCUUGAGGGAGUUGGAAUCAUUGGCAAAUAGGCUUCAAGGUGAUGGUGUUGAUCAGUGUUCAGAACAUUCCGUCCUGACAGUUUAAGUAUUGAAAUUAUGUGCUAAUAUGUCAUAUUUAAAAAAUUUUAAAAAGCUUUAAAAAAAUGCUAAAGCCAAAGUUUGAAAUAAAAUAUGUUAAGUUAUUUUGUGUUUAAUAUUUUUAGAGCAAGAAGUUAAAUUGCUGAUGUUAGCAUUGCAUGUUAUUUACCAGUAUGUAUGAAAUGUAAGAGGCUUAAUUUUCUACUUAUAAAGGUACCAGAUGUGGCUUUUUUCAUGUUUAAUUUGAUUUAUGACAUAAUACUUGAAUUUAAAUAUAUUUAUAUAAUUUAUUUAUAAUAUACGUGCAAAAAAGUUUUUCUCUUGAUGAAGACAAAUAAAAAACUAACUAUAAAUUAGCAAUAAUUUUUUUUAAAAAAAGAAUUUCUUCAGAUUUAAGUUCCAAAAUAAGGUAUUCUGUACUGGGAAACAAUAUAAAAUAUUUAGUUAUCCUGAGUUCUGUGCAGUAGUUAAUAAGAAACUAAUCUAAAUAAGUCCAAAGUUGCUGUGUUAUUCUUAAAUUUUCUGUUCCAUUCAUAAAAACCAUUUGAAAUUAUGUAUAUGUAUCUUCCUUCUGCCUCAUUUAUCACUUACGAAUGUCUUCUACUGUCACUUUACUACCUUUGCAUGUUUUUCUUUCUUUUGCUAAGGGUGCUAUCACAUAAUUAUCUUUUCAUUGAAAGAAAGAGAGGCACAAUUUUUUCUUUCCUUACACUAAUAGUUAUAAUUGCACAUUUUUACCUAAUCAGUGUCUAACUAAAAAAAUUGAGUAGGAUUUCUUAGUUGAGAGUUUGCAUUUGUAAUGGAGAAUAUGUUUUCUGUUUUAGGAGACACUAAUUACAAACCCUAAAGUGGUUUGUGGAUCUCAAAAUGUUUGUCAAAAUUUGAUAAAAUCCAUUCCAUGUUAAAAAUUUUGUUAAUGAUAAAAUCUUCCCUUGUAUCUUUUAAAAGUUGACACAUCUCUACAAAGUGGUUAGCAUCUCCAAUUUCAUUCGAACUGCCACGCAGGUCAGAGUUUUGAAGAUUAAAUCUUUUAAAGUAAGCAGGAUAAUAACUAUGAACCAAUAAAAUUUAAUUCAAAUCUUGUCAUUAUGUAUUUAUCUAUUUUUUAUUGUUGCCAGUCUCAUGUAGUUUUUACUUCUAUUGGACAUGUCUGAUAAUUUGUAGUAUAAUCCUUCAUAAUGGUCACAGCAUCCCUCUUUGAUCGCUUCAGCUCAAUGAUUUCAGUGUCAUUUUGUGCAAUAGUCUCUUUUACCUCUGUGUCAACCCUUUCUUUUCCAAUAAAACCCACAUGUGGUUUUACCCAGUUCAGAUUAAUUAUAUGCCUCUCCGAAGAAUUCAGAAUAAAGUUCUUAUAUAUCUAAUAUCAGAUCAUUUGGUUCGGGCCGAAGAGUUCUUGUAAGGUUGAAAAACUGUCAUUAUACAGGGGGGUCUCAAAAGUCAUUGCCAAACUUAACAUGCUGGUCUGUCAUAUCAAACAAGAUUUAGGCAGAAACGUGUAUCCGUAAAUGCGAACGGCGACCGCUAGAGGUCAAUAUUCGCAAGUGUAGAGGGGAAGAAUGAAUGUCGGAAAGGUUUGUUAAUAUGACUUUUAUUAAAGAACUUGAUUAAAUCCUGGAAGAUGUUAAAAAUUCCUUCCAUUUGCCACAAUACUUGCUAUGCUUCACAACAUUGAUGCAUGGAUUCAUGGACUCGUUCAGAAAUGGGCAGGUGUGUCACGGAUACGUGCCACCACUUCCUUGAUCCUGGCGAGGAGAUCCAUGUCUGAUGUUCCUGUCCUUGUACACCAUGGACUUUAUGUAUCCCCACAGGCAGGUAUAAACCCAGGGAACUUAAGUCGGUGGAUCACAGUGGCCAUUCAACUGCUCUACCUUUGCCAAUUCAAUGAUCGAGACAUGUCCUACAAGGUAUUCCUGCACAGUGGUGCUAAAAUGUGCAGAUGCUCCAUCAUGCUGAAACCAGAUGUUUGGGCAUGUUAGCUGCUAAAAUGUUAACCAUCAUGUCCAGCAACACUUUUUCCACAAAAUAUCCAUAAAGAACUGAGUUGGUAAACCGAUUCAUUUUCUUCAGCAACGUCCUCACCUGAAAUGAUUACAUUUCCCAUUCUCCUACAAGCCUGCAAACACUGCCCUGUAGCUGUCACCAUUUGCGUUUUCGGACACAAGUUCCUAUGUAAAUCUUGUUUGUCAUGACAGACCAGUAUGUUAAGUUUGGCAACGAUCUUUUGAGACAUCCUGUAAGCACUGAUUGUACUUCCAAUUUUCAGGAAUCUUUUAAUCCUUUACAAAGCAAAUAGCAAUGCCCUCUGCUUAAAAGACUGAAUUAUAUUCAUUUAACUUAUACUGUCACAGUCUGUUAAAAAAACUGCAAAACCGAUAUUCUCCCUCUACACUGGACCCAUCAGUAUAGACAUCAUAUUCACCUUCCUGGAGAGGAUUUCUAUAAUGUAUAAUACUUUUUUCUCUAUGCAGGGUGUAUUUUAUUAAUGCAAAAUCUUUGAAAAGCACAACAGUUAAUAUUUCUGUCAUAUAGCUUAAAUUCCAGUCUACCUGUUCUCAGUAAAAUUCUGUCAUGAAAAGUAAAUUUUGUUCUGAGAGAGGGAGCACACUGGCUAAUAUGCAUAAUACCUGCAUGGAUAUUAUAUAUUACCUUUCUGGAAGUUAUAUAUUACCUCCUCCAUAUCACUUAUCUGAAGGUAAACAUCAAUAGAAAGGCUGUCCAGAUAAUAUCCAGUUUCAUUCAAAGAUGCACAAGCUCCUCCAAGCACCAAACGUAUGCUUCUAUGUCGUACAUAAUUGUUGAAAUGAAGACAAUUUCAUAUAUAGCUCUCAAGGUAGCAUAUCUAAUCAACAGUGUACAGCAUAUUAAAUUAUAAAUUUUUAAAUAUAGUUGGAAAAUAGGAAAGAAGAGUAAUCUGUAACAUUCAUUAUCAUGAGGCCAAAAGUAAUCUGGCAACUGUUUUUGCCAACUUUACUGCAUUUGAAAACUUUCUGUGACAUCUUAUUUGUAGCAGUUCUUCAUCGCUACUUGAAGAAUACUGAAUCUAAACUAGUAGAUUUUAAACUCCGUCAGAAUUUGCUUUCCUUUCUAUUAGAAGUUUAAUAAUUGGGACUGAGGAACAGCAACAACUCCUGCUGUUGUGUAAAUAUGUAUUGGGGCUUUUAUUUAAUAGGCCACAUGUAAAAAAAUAGCUUUUGUGGAGAAGGAUAGAAAAAAGAUCAGGUUUAUAAAAGUUACAGCCAUUUAUUUGCACAUGUUUAUAUUCUUUUUUUCCCCCUUUCACAAAUAUAUCAUUUCACAGACAGCUAUACAUCAUUAUAUUUUAUUAAAUGGUACCUCAAUUUAAACAUUGGUAUUUUUGAAAUUACUGUCUGUUGCAAUAACAGAGUGAUAUAAUUACAGCUUAGUAAUACACUGUGGUUAAGAAAGUGUGUCUUCUAAUGAAAAUUGUUGCUCCAUUCUAUAUCAAUAUCAGUAGUUUUCUGAAAUAAGAUAGCAAUUUAUACAAAGUAUUUAAUGACAUAUCAGUAUAACUAUCAUAUUUGUUGCUUUUAAUAUAAUCUAAAGAUUUAAUUAAAAAUAUUUGAAUUCUUAUUAUUAAAUCUGAUAAUAAACUAAAUUUAGUUUUACAUGUUUAUGAAUAUCCAGUUUAUUGAUAUGACUGUGAUGAUUGCAUUCUGCCACCACAUUUUUGUGUGUGUGUGUGGAUUUUUCAUAUAUGCAAAUACGCUAAAAUCAUGUUUAAACUAUAAAACAGUUUGAUGGAUCUGUUUUUACCAAAUUAAUUAAUGAAAUAAAGUUAAAACAGUGAGCCCAAAAAACACUUUUUUCUUCCCUUUAAAUGUUUCUUUUAUUAUUUGUUUUUAGAGACAUUUUUUGUAAUGAAAGAAAUUGCAUCAAUACCUUUUUGAAAAAUGUACUUGAAGAUGGCUAUCAUAUAUGCUGGUUUUCAAAUAGUUGUGCUGUCAACUUGUAAAUGUAGUGAAUUGUGCUUAUUAACCUCUUGAUGCUAGUGGGUUUUUUUAUUAAAGAAAAAUGAUCCAGAAUCAUUUUUUUUUAAUUUAACCUUAUUAAAGUUAAUAUUUCUUGCUUCAAAAACAAAAGUUUAAAUAUUUCUUUAGAUGUCUUGGUAAGUUUGUGAAAAAGUUUGGCUUGUGCUUGAGCAGUAUAUAUUCAGAUAUAUUUUAAUAGUAUAAGUUUUGCACUUGAGCUUGGAUGCUAAAUAUUUAAUUUAAGCAAUAAUUGCUAUAUAUGUAUAGUGUACUACACAUUUUUGCUUGAUAUUUAUCAGUUAUUUUUGUAAUUAAGUUCCUUGUUAUGCAUGAUAAUCGUCACUUAUUUAAUCUGUAUGAAUGACAUCAUGCUAUAGUUAAUAGCACUGUAAUGUUAGUGAAAUUUGGAUGGAAGCUUAAAUAUGACACCAUAUUUGUAUAUAAUAUUGAUAUGGUUAUAUGUUUGCUGUUAUUCAUAUGUUUUUCUGCAUCACAUUUGCAGUAAAAUUCAGUGCCCGUCCUAACAUCGUAAAAUAUUUGAAAUUUGUACUGCUAAAACUCCAAAAAUAAGCAAAGUAGGUAAAACUAAAGCCACUACAAAAAUAUUAUUUAUUUUAUUAUAAAUUUUGUAUUUUUAUUAAUAAAUAUUUGAUAAUAAAUUUUAAUUCAAAAUGAAUUGGUGAAUUGCAUGCUGUGAUAAAAAUGUUACAUUAGAUCUCAUAUUUGAAUUUAGUAUUAGCAUGAGACUACUUUUAGUCAUUGUAAAAAGAGUUCCUAUGUUUAAAAAUAUGCUGCAUAGUGCCUAUCUAUCUUCCACAUCGGAAUUGUAUAAAAUUCCAUGAAUGCAGUAAAACUUGGAUUGUUUCAGUCACUAGAAAAUAAGAAUUCGUAAAAAACAAGAAAAGUUUUGCUUAACCUGAGUGUGCGUGAAUAAUAACUGGGGCCCUAGAUAGGCUUAUUUAAGCCUUACUUAUUCAUAACUGGAUAAGUACAUUUUUGGAUAUAUUACUUAUUCAUAACUGGAUAAGUAAGCCAGUUUCAGUUAAAAAGUUUUCCUUAGCAAAGAAAAAUAAUAAUAGUAAUAAAAUUCUAUAAUAAUGUCAUCCAUUGCUUAACUUUAAUUAUUAAUAAAGAAUAUUUUAUUUAAAGAAGGUAUUAUUUUGAUUUAAAAGGAGAUUAGAAAUCUAGCAAAUUCUAGUUCUCAGAAGUCUGAUAAUUUGCAGUUUAUGGUCAAUUUGCAUAUUACAUAAACAAAUAUCUUUCAUUAUUUAAAAUUGAAAUAUGAUCUUUGGUCUUGCAUAUUUCAGAGCAGCAAAGAUAUUGGUUUCUAAAAUCAUUCAUGUGUUAAUCUGCAGUUUGAAGGCUCAUAUUGCAAGUUUAUUUAAUGGUGUCUUAAUUUUGUUGAUAUCUUUUUAAUAUAGUUUUUUUGUUUUUGUAUAUUUCAUAAAUUUUUCCUGAAACAUAAUUAAUUUUCUUGUCACUAUGGGAAUUAUGUUUUUGGAUAUAAUACUUGUAUAUAAUACAUUUUUGAAUGUUUUCUGUAUUUUCUUGAAAGGUUGAUAGGUCAAGUAAUAUGUUUUGUAUUGGAGAAAUUAAAUUCAUAAACCUCAUAUUUAUUGUAGUAUCAUUUUCGUAUAAGCAGCUUUUUAUUCGAAACUUAUUUAAAUUAAUCAUUUGUAUUCAUUCUUUCAAAUGAAUUAUACAGUAGUGCUCUAAAUAUUAAUCCAUAGCUAGCCAGACUAACUUAAUAUCAUAAUCCAAUGCCAGUCCUUCUCCUUAAAAUACGAAACACAGCAGUUUUUACUGGACAAAAUGAAAUAAAAUCAUUUUUGAUUUGCUUAACCCUUAGCAUAUUUUUAUUUUAACCAAAGUAAGAUAAAAUUAAAUUUUAAUUUUAACUUAAGCAUGUACUAAAACUGAAGAAAUGUUCUCGUUUUUAUUUAUUGUUAUUGUUAUUAAUUGCUAUGCAAAUAAACAGUGAGGUUUUUUUUAUUUGAGCAACAUAUACUGUAUUUCUGUUCAAUUAAAAAUCACACAGUUGUUGUUUAAUAAUCUAUAUGUAAAUAGCAUGAAUUCCUGUAAUAAGCAAUGAAGUAUAUAUUGUUUCAUUAAUGAAACAUUUUUUUUAAAUAUUUAAAUAAAUUCAUUUAUUGUUAAUCAUAUUAGGCAAGGAAGACAAAUAAGUGAUUCAAAUAAUUAGAAGUAUAUUUUAAUUAUGAUUUAAUUGCUUGACAUGAUAAGUAAUGAUUCAAGUUGCAUCAAUGUGUUUUAAAUAAAUUUUUGAAUAUCCAAGUUUUACAGCAUUUCAAUAUAUCUGUAAAAUAUGUAAAAGCAUAUAGUAUCUUUCUUGUAACCAUGGAAUGGUAUACAUUUAUUGUAAAAUAUAAUAAAAUAUUCCCCUUAUUAUAUAAUGUUAUUAAAGUUUUGUAAAUAUGUAUUUAUCCUUGUUACAGAAAGUGUGAGUGUUUUAAAAAAAUCUGUUAUAGAUAAUGUUUUGAUCUAAUGAUAUUCAACAUUUAUUUAGAUUAAAAAGUGUUUAAUAUAUUUGUUGAUUUUAAUGGGAAAGUUUUUGUGUUUUUACAGGAUUGAAGUUACAUUAUGCCAAAGUCAGUAUUGUACAAACAUCUGUAUUUUUAAGAAUAUAAUUUUAGUGCUGCAGUAAGAUGUAAUUUUUAUACUGUUAAUGGGCAGAAGUGAUAUAUUCAAAUGCAAUAUUAUUCUCUUAGAAAAAUACAUAUUUACGUCAGAGAAAUAUUACUAGUCAUUAGAAACAUUGUUAUAAAAUAGUUGUUGCAAGUUGUUUAUAUGUUUUAGAUGAAAAUAUUGAAUGUAUAUUUCUUUCAUAGGCCUGUGUCUUUUAUAUUAUAUUAAUGUAUUUAUAUAAUGGUGAGAAUUGUUCUAAGAAUUACAGAAGAGAACUUCUGUAUUUCACAUUUAUUAUAUUAGCUUGAUAUUUCUCUAAAACUUGGCUUCUCCCCCCCCUUUAUUUUUCAUAUUAUAGUAUUAUUUUGUGGGAUAUGUAUACGUUUUUAUAUUUUUUAUGUAUGAUAAUAUAAUAAGCAACAAUAAUUUAAAAUAAUAAUCAUCUAGUGCAUUGAUAUUUUUAAUGUUCUUAUGUAAAUGAUCCAUCUGAAAAGUAUAUAAAAUCGUAUAAGCUUUUUUUUUUCAGUUAAUUCAAUUAAAAAUUGAAGUGCAUAAAAGUGUAAUUAAUGCAUUUAAAAGAUAGUUGUUUUGCAUAUGUAUUCUGUGUAUGUAAGGAAAAGUUCAUUAGAUUGGAUUUCAUUAUUUAGUUAUGGAAAAGUACACUAGGACUAUUUUCUUACUUGGGGGGGGGGAGAAGCCAAAAAAGAUUUAAAGAAAACUAACUGGCUUCAUCAAAUUUCUUAUUGUCUUCAUGCAAUUAAAAGUAGAAAGAAAUUACAAUACAUAUUUAUUGAACGUAGUACUUACUGAGAAGUUCUUCAGUUCAUCACUACUUUCUCAAAUGUUUAAUGCUUCAUAAAUAAGUAAACUAUUAACAUUCAGUUAUUUUUCAUUUAUUUGUAAUCUAGUGAA